AUGGUGUAUAGCGGUUCAAACGUUCUAGUAAUUGAAUCUAAGACUGAAGACGGAUGUAGAGUUUUAUUAAAUCAUAUAGAUUUAAUAAAACUCCAAGAAUUAGAAUGGUGUAUUACUGCUAGUAUUAAAGAAAAAGAAGAAAAAAUAAAACCCGAAAUUAUUAAGCAAAUUAGUGAUUAUUGCGAGUAUUUGAGGGAAAAAUGCUUGCAAUCGGAUUCACCACCCAACAAUUUGAGGGAAAUGGAAAUUUUCAUUCGGAACGUUGAAGUCAGGCAGAGUAAAAAGACACCUAACCUCGGUUAA